CCUCCCUUCCCCUUCUCUCUCGCUCGCUCUCUCCUCCCGCUCCUCCCGCCCGGCGCCGGAGCCGCCACGCCGCCGCCAUGGAGCUCAUCACCAUCCUGGAGAAGACGGUGUCGCCGGACUGCUCGGAGCUCGAGGCGGCGCAGAAGUUCCUGGAGCAGGCGGCCAUCGAGAACCUGCCGACCUUCCUGGUGGAACUGUCCAGAGUGCUGGCAAACCCUGGCAACAGCCAAGUGGCUCGAGUGGCCGCGGGGCUGCAGAUCAAGAACUCCCUGACGUCCAAGGAUCCCGACAUCAAGGCCCAGUACCAGCAGAGAUGGCUCGCCAUCGACGCCAACGCCCGCAGGGAGGUCAAGAACUACGUGCUGCAGACCCUGGGAACAGAGACCUACCGGCCCAGCUCCGCCUCCCAGUGCGUGGCUGGGAUCGCCUGCGCAGAGAUCCCCAUGAACCAGUGGCCAGAGCUCAUCCCCCAGCUGGUGGCCAACGUCACCAACCAGCACAGCACGGAGCACAUGAAGGAGUCCACGCUGGAGGCCAUCGGGUACAUCUGCCAGGACAUCGAUCCAGAGCAGCUCCAGGACAAAUCCAACGAGAUCCUGACAGCCAUCAUCCAGGGAAUGAGGAAGGAAGAGCCCAGCAACAACGUGAAGCUGGCGGCUACCAACGCACUCCUGAACUCUUUGGAAUUCACCAAAGCAAACUUUGACAAAGAGUCUGAAAGGCACUUUAUUAUGCAAGUAGUCUGUGAAGCAACACAGUGUCCAGAUACAAGGGUACGAGUGGCUGCCUUACAGAAUCUGGUGAAGAUAAUGUCCCUUUAUUAUCAGUAUAUGGAGACUUACAUGGGGCCUGCUCUGUUUGCUAUAACUAUUGAAGCAAUGAAGAGUGACAUAGAUGAGGUGGCUCUGCAGGGAAUCGAGUUCUGGUCCAACGUGUGUGACGAGGAGAUGGAUUUGGCCAUCGAGGCCUCGGAGGCAGCAGAACAAGGGAGGCCUCCAGAGCACACCAGCAAGUUCUAUGCCAAGGGGGCCCUGCAGUAUUUGGUCCCAAUUCUGACACAGACCUUGACCAAGCAGGACGAGAACGACGAUGACGACGACUGGAACCCCUGCAAGGCAGCUGGGGUGUGCCUGAUGCUGCUGGCCACCUGCUGUGAGGACGACAUCGUCCCCCACGUGCUGCCCUUCAUCAAGGAGCACAUCAAGAAUCCCGACUGGAGGUACCGGGACGCGGCCGUGAUGGCCUUCGGAUGCAUCCUGGAAGGGCCGGAGCCCAACCAACUCAAACCUUUAGUAAUACAGGCCAUGCCCACGUUGAUAGAGCUGAUGAAGGACCCCAGUGUGGUGGUGAGGGACACGACGGCCUGGACGGUGGGGCGGAUCUGUGAGAUGCUGCCCGAGGCCGCCAUCAACGACAUCUACCUGGCCCCGCUGCUGCAGUGCCUCAUGGAGGGGCUGAGCGCAGAGCCCAGGGUGGCCACCAACGUCUGCUGGGCCUUCUCCAGCCUUGCUGAAGCUGCCUAUGAAGCUGCAGAUGUGGCUGAUGAUCAGGAAGAACCAGCAACCUACUGCUUGUCCUCCUCCUUUGAGCUGAUAGUGCAGAAGCUCCUGGAGACUGCAGACAGACCUGAUGGACACCAGAAUAACUUGAGGAGUUCUGCCUAUGAAUCCCUGAUGGAAAUAGUGAAGAACAGUGCCAAGGACUGUUACCCUGCUGUCCAAAAAACGACCCUGGUCAUCAUGGAGCGGCUCCAGCAAGUGCUGCAGAUGGAGUCCCACAUCCAGAGCACCUCGGACAGGAUCCAAUUCAACGACCUCCAGUCCCUUCUCUGCGCGACCCUCCAGAACGUGCUGAGGAAGGUGCAGCACCAGGAUGCCCUGCAGAUCUCGGACGUGGUCAUGGCCUCGCUGCUGAGGAUGUUCCAGAGCACGGCGGGCUCGGGGGGAGUGCAGGAGGACGCCCUGAUGGCCGUCAGCACCCUGGUGGAAGUCUUAGGUGGAGAGUUCCUGAAGUACAUGGAUGCCUUCAAACCCUUCCUUGGCAUUGGCCUGAAGAACUAUGCCGAGUACCAGGUCUGUCUGUCUGCAGUGGGCCUGGUCGGGGACUUGUGCAGAGCCCUGCAGUCCAACAUCCUGCCUUUCUGCGACGAGGUUAUGCAGCUGCUCCUGGAGAACUUGGGGAAUGAAAAUGUCCAUAGGUCUGUGAAGCCCCAGAUCCUCUCGGUGUUUGGGGACAUCGCCCUGGCCAUCGGAGGGGAGUUCAAGAAGUACCUGGACGUGGUGCUGAACACCCUCCAGCAGGCAUCCCAGGCACAGGUGGACAAGUCCGACUAUGACAUGGUGGAUUACCUGAACGAGCUGAGGGAGGGCUGCCUGGAAGCCUACACUGGGAUCAUCCAGGGACUGAAGGGAGACCAGGAGAACGUGCAUCCUGAUGUGAUGCUGGUGCAGCCCAGAGUAGAAUUUAUCCUGUCCUACAUCGACCACAUCGCUGGGGACGAGGAUCACACGGAUGGAGUGGUGGCCUGUGCUGCUGGGCUCAUAGGGGAUUUGUGUACAGCAUUUGGGAAAGAUGUUCUGAAAUUAGUAGAAGCCAGACCCAUGAUCCAUGAACUGCUAACGGAAGGGAGGAGAUCCAAGACGAACAAAACAAAAACUCUCGCUACCUGGGCGACUAAAGAGCUGAGAAAACUGAAGAAUCAAGCUUGAUCUGUUACCAUUGGGAUGACACCUGAGACCCCCACUUGGAAAAUCUCCAAUCUUUUGAAAAAAAAAAAACAAACAAAAACCACAAAACCCGGAAGUGAGGAGUGUGCACGGAUGCUGAAUGUUUGGGAAUGAGAGGAUGAGUGUGAGUGAGGCUUGAAAACAAACGAGAAAAAAGCAAACAGAACCAACACACCACAUUUGAAAAUCCCGCCGCAGCCACGGGAGCAGCGCCGAGCCCGGCACCGGGAAGAGGGAACCAGGAGGGAAUUCUGUGCAAGCAACACGAGGGAGGCUCCUCCUCCCAACAGCCCAGGACUGGCUUCUCCGUGGGGAACGGCCAGUUGGGAGAGGAGAGGAGAGGAGAGAGGGCAAACUGGGAUCAGCUGUGGCGCUCUGCGAGGUCUUGGCUGCUGGAGAGAGGUGGAGCUUGGGAUUCUCCAGCACGGGAUGAGGAGGGGAGGGGGUGAAGGAUUUUCAGUCCGGGAGUGAGUGUGUGUGAGUGAGGCGGUAUCCACAUUCUCAACUUCGAGUCAUUGCAGUUUAUCUUUUCCCAAAAACCACACACAAAAGAAAAAAACCAACCCCACCAAAAAAAAAAAAAAAAAAAAAAAGAAAGAAAGAAAGAAAUCCCCACGAAACGUUAGGAGAAAAAAAAAAAAAAGGGUUGGCUGUUGCAUUUCAUGAACUAACCAAUUCAGUCCUACUGAUGCAGCGUAAGAGAUGUACAAAAAAUAAACAACACACAGGUGAAAAGAGGAUUAAAAAAAAAAAGUUUAAAAAAAAAAUUUAAAAAAAUUUAAAAAGGUUAAAAAAAAAAAAAUAAAAAUAAAAGGAAAGUCGCUCUUUAGGGCUUUUUAUUUUAGGGAAACACUGACGAAUGUUCAGAGCUCCCGGCGGGUGACGCUUGUCCUGCUCAGCAAAGCGCCUUUCCUUCCUUAAAUAUUGUUCAACUGUGAAUGUAGAAAUGGGGGGGGGGGGAUAAAAACACAACUCUUGUGUUAGAGGGAAUAGGAGAAAAUGGUUCAAUCGAGAUUUCAGGCUUCAAGGGUUCAAAAAAAAAAACCAAACACACGACCUAAAAAUUACAAAAAAUUCCAGAUUUAAGUGCUCCGAAUUGGCUGUGAAAAGGGAAAGAUCUCUCCUGACUUGUACUGUAGCAGCCCAGAACACUCACACCGAAAUUGUGCCAAAGAGUUCAAAAAAAAAAUAAACAAAAAGAAAUAACUUAAAAAAACAAAACCACGCAGAGAUAAAAACUUCAGGUGAUAUUUGGGAUUGCGAACCGAGGAGAAACUCAACGGGCGAAACACACACAGGGAGUUAUAGAAAAUAAACCACAAAAAAACACAGGAAAAAAAUGGGAUAAAACGCCAUUUGGAAACUGCUUGGCCUUUUUGUGCUCUUUAUUUGAUCAGGUUUAAUGUGGUUUUUUGGUCUCUCGCUGCACUUCAAAAAAACAAAAAAACACACACACAAAAUAAAAAAAAAAAGGAAAAAAAAAGAAAUUUAUAUAAAAUAUAUAUAUACUGAGUUGAGCUGACACGAGGCGGCACUUGUAAAAGGUUCUAUUUUUCCACUGCAGUUGAAGAUGAAUAAAAUGGUGUCAAACAUUCCCCAAUA